ACGCAAAUUCUCGCGCGUAAUUCGAGAAAUCAACAACCGUCACUGCAAAGUCAAGUGCCCACUCAACGAAUAUUGGUACAGCAGCCACCGAAGAAUAUCUAACAGAGAAGGCCCAUUCUAUGUUAUAAGAAGCAAAUAAGGCAGAUAUGGAGGGCUCUUGUAUGGAGCUGGCCCUGGAAGGGGAACGGCUGUGCAAGGCGGGAGACUGCCGCGCUGGAGUCCAAUACUUCGAGGCCGCAGUCCAAAUAGGCACUGACGAUUUGAAGACUCUGACAGCUAUAUACAGUCAACUUGGAAAUGCGUACUUUUAUCUUGGAGAGUAUGGAAAGGCAUUGGAGUAUCACAGACAUGAUUUGAAUUUAGCAAGAACAAUAGGAGACAAACUUGGGGAAGCAAAAGCCAGCGGUAACCUGGGGAAUACGCUAAAAGUUCUGGGUAAAUUUGAAGAGGCAAUCGCCUGCUGUGAAAGACACCUUGAAAUUUCGAGGGAACUGGGAGAGAAGGUAGGAGAAGCUAGAGCCCUAUACAAUCUUGGUAACGUGUAUCAUGCCAAAGGAAAGCAAGUUGGGCGUAACGGUCAACAGGACCCUGGGGAGUUCACACCAGAGGUCAAGGAGGCCCUGCAACAGGCAGCAGAUUAUUAUGAGGAGAAUCUCAAAAUCGUACAAGAGCUUGGGGACAGAGCAGCUGAGGGAAGAGCCUGCGGUAACCUCGGCAAUACCCAUUAUCUGUUGGGUAAUUUCGCUCAGGCUAUUCGCUACCAUGAGGAGCGUCUUGCCAUUGCCAAGGAAUUUGGUGACAAAGCAGCAGAGAGGAGGGCGUACAGCAAUCUUGGGAAUGCUCACAUCUUCCUUGGAGAGUUUGAGGUGGCUGCAGAUCACUACAAAAAAACGCUUCAAAUUGCCAAGCAGCUACAAGACCGUGCACUGGAGGCGCAGGCCUGCUACAGCCUGGGCAAUACCUACACCCUACUCCGUGACUAUGACAAAGCCAUCGAGUAUCAUUUGAGGCACCUGCGGAUUGCCCAGGAGCUCCAGGACCGUAUCGGAGAGGGUCGGGCAUGCUGGAGUCUGGGAAAUGCACACACUGCGCUGGGGAACCAUGAGCAGGCACUCCAGUUUGCCAGCAAACACCUUCUGAUCUCCAAAGAGAUUGGAGAUUCCACAGGUGAAGCCACUGCCAAGAUGAACCUGUCUGAUCUCAGGACUCUACUUGGCAUCAGUCCCAGUGAGAGACUGCCAUCAGAUCUUGACACAUCCAGUAUCAGCACAGACCAGCAGAGCCUGGCCUCCUCCUACACCACAACAGAUUCAGACAGGACAGACGACAGCGGAGGUACCCGCAAUUCAAACCGCCAGAGAAGACACAGCAUGGAAAACAUGGAGCUGAUGAAGCUCACUCCUGACAAGAAAAAUCAUAAAUCCCAUACCAAGCCAAAAUCCCACAGGCUACAGAAGUCUGCCACCGUGGCGACGGAUAUCGAUGUUGAGAAUCGCGACCCACAGAGCAGUGGGGAUACAGUUCACGCCGCCAAAGUGGUCACUUUGAAAACCAUUGGAAAGGGGCAUACAACCGACUUCAGCGGAAAUGACGAGGAUGAUUUCUUUAACCAAAUCAUGAAAUUUCAAAGCCGCCGCAUGGAGGACCAAAGAUGUUCAUUCAAGGUGACAGGUGACCAUCCAGUUCCCAAUAAAAAUAGCCUAGCUCUUUCCGGCAAAGCAGAUGAGUUUCUUGACAUGGUGGCUGGGAUCCAGGGAUCAAGGAUGAAUGACCAACGGGCACAUCUGCCCCAGUUUCCAGGGCUGAAUAAUAGCCAGGCUGUGAUAGGUCAGCUUCUCCACAACAGUCCAGACACCGCUGUACCAGACGACAACUUCUUUGAAAUGCUUAUGAGAUGCCAGGGAACAAGAUUAGAGGACCAGAGAAGUCAUCUACAACCAGUUGAUGUACGUUCGGCACCAACAGUUCCAGAUGAAGAUUUCUUCACACUUAUUCAGCGUAUACAGUCAAAUCGCCUUGACGAACAAAGGUCGGUUUUACCACCAAAGAAACAGUCUGAAACUGACCAAGACACAAAAAAUGUGACUGAGCCAAGCACAGUGAAUGGAAAAAAGAAAAAGAAAUGACAUUUGCAUGAGUUGCAGACUUUAAGAAAAAUGAUACUGAUGAAUCCAGGAUAGUAUGUCAUGCUGCUCGAAACAAUUCCAGCUUCUUAACAAUGUGAGAAAAUCCAUAAAAAGAUACUCACAAUAUGGAAAAUUUAUCUUUUAUUACCUAGUAUGUUACAUUUCAGUGGCAUGAAGUGGCAAAGGUAGUGUUCAAAUGGCAUAUGGUUUUAAUGAAAGAUCAGUUGCUUUUAUAUACGGAUGAACCAAACCAUACUUUUUUUGGAUCAUGCACAGUUCUUAAAACCAGAGAAGAGAGGGGAAAGCAUCAGUUACUUAUUCUUUGAAAAGGAAUUUAAACACCCAUUUAUGUAUAUCACGUUUUUUGCUUUCUGCACCUGGGUUGAAAACCCACAAGACUGAACCAAAAACUCCAAGCGGAUGUAUUAGAGUAAAUGUAUUUGUGGGAGCACUUUACUGCCUCUAGAGAGGUAUUGCUUGCAAUCCGGUUCAGAACCGCACCAAGUAAUCACCAUUACAGAGACAUAGGAGAAUGAAGUAUUCAUAAUUAUCAUCAUUUUCUAAGUCAAAUUAUUCAUGAGCUACACCAAUUUGGUUUGAGAUGCUGAUGGUGUCGCAUUAAAAUGAAAAGGAAAAAAAACAGCAAUAGCUCAAGCCACUUAAAAAUUAUGCCACAAGAUCUUCAAAAUUUAACUUUUAAAAAGACAAUUUUGCUGGUCAUUUAACUGCACAAAGAGCACUCUAAAUUUUCAUCUGAUCAGUAAGAGACUAGUUCUGUCCAAUUUAUGCCAUUCGUGUCAGACAAGAAUUCUAAAGUAUUAAGGAUUUAACACCAGAAAGCAAGGCCAUUCUUGUAAGCAGUUUCAGAACCACACCAAAGGUUAAGCGAUUCCAAUACAACAAGGUGACAAGGAUUUUAGAAAUGGGAUUACUUCACCAAAACAUUAAAUAAUUGGAAAUGGAAAAAUUUGAAGAAGUAUUCAGUCAUUUCAUCACAAGGAGAAGCAGUUCAGUCAUAUCUUAUUUUAAGAGCACUCAGCAAUGAUCAGAUUUGCCAUCAUAUGUCCAGAGGAUGCUCGCUAAUUCAACAAUGUAUUCGCCUGGCUAAAAGUUCAAAAUGGAAAGCAUAUUAAGUCACUGUGUCUGGAUUUAGAUGACACAGUCUGCUUAACCACCAUAGUUAAUCUUGUCUGCAUUGGAAAGUUGUUCAUUUGGAGCAGAUAAUUCUGUUUGACAUAUUUAUGGAGUGGAGCUCACUUUUCAGUUCCUGCAUGGUAAUAUGACAUUACAUUACAUUUAUAUGUAAAAAUAAUUAUUCACUUAACCAAUUAUAUGGUAGGUUCUGAAUGAGUGCAUUCAUUUGGAUCUUAAGCAGCGCCAGCAGUGACUACUUUGCAAAAGAUUUCACAUUUUCUUUUUGGAAUAUGAAGCUGAGAGUUGGCCUUUUCAGGGCCAUUUUGCAAUGUAGAUUUGGAUUGAUGAGCACCAGUGAGUCAAAACUUCAAUCUGGCGUGCAUGUAGAAUGAUUCUCAUUGAAUUAUUGCAUGAUGGGUUUCAUUUUUGUUCUUUUUUCUCCAUUUUUUUCUCAAACUUCUCAGCUGUGAUUGAACUGGGAUGAAAUGUUUCCAUGACACGAUAAGGUCAACCCUUGGAGCCCACAUCCUAAUGCAAUCUAGUCAGCCAGCUCUGGGUGGAUCAAUAGCAAAACUGCCACAGCCCAUGUCUGGGUUGGGUUAGAUGUGAUGUGCUGUGUAUUGGCCACUUAAGUUCAGUUCACAGUGCAUGCUUCUUUAAGAAGAAGCCCAGAAACUAGUUCCUGGAUCCAUGCUGCAAAAGUUUCAUGUCACCUGGGUUGGUAAGGUAACCCGAUGGGCCAAGCCAUCAGUUCAAGUUGAGUUCCAUCAGUCUAUCAACUGAUUGGGCAGCUUUAUUUGGACCAAGAAGGUUAAUUGGAAUCAACCCAAUUGAUCUGAAAUAUUGUUAGUUGUCACAUAGUAAACUCCUCAUAAUUCACCACCUUAUACUUACCAUUAUUGUUUGUGUCAAACAAAUUUUGUGGCAUGGAUUUUUUUUCUUUGGUGUGAGCUAAAACUGAUGAAUUAUUGUAUGCCCAUCUUGAACCCUUCUUUAAUUCAAAACAUUUUCUGUUUCUCAAGUGUUCAGGGUAAAGUCUGCUCUAAUUCUGAACUGUUUUAGAAGCAGCAUGAGCAUUUUGGUAUAUGUGAACCAAGUUGAUUAACCCUGUGGUUUAUGUAGGAUUAGCAUUUUGAGUUUUUAUCUUUUACCUUUUAAGGUGAUAAUGAUGUACACAUUGUAAUUAUUAUCCUACAGUGAAAAGUACUUUUUGCGCAAGCAGUAAAAUCUUUACUGAAGAUGGACACAACAAGCUGACAAACCUUGUCAUUUAUAAUUAUUUUUCACUUUUGUUUGGUAUAUUCUGGCGCACACUUUACGUUAUAUAUCAGUAAUAUAUUUGCUGAAAAUUUGUUCACAGAUGUGUACAGUGUUAUAUUUGUAUAGAUUUAAAGCAGUUACUGCAUAAUUAUCAUAAUUACCACAUACACAAGCACACACAUACUUUUAAUUAUUGCCUACUGCACAUUACCUACAAUGUGAAGAUCUGCUUUAUCUGUAUUAAAAGUAACAUAAACACAUUGGCACCAGUUUUAACGUAAGCACAAUGGACUGCAUUCUAAAAUCUUUAGGGGGAAAUUGAAGGAAUGUUUUGGAAUUGUUGGCCCAAGAAGUUUGCAUUUAAACUCAUAAACAAGCUAGCUUGAAUUGACUGGAGAACUGUUUUGGAUGUGGCUUACUUUGAUGACUAAGGAAAAAAGUUGAAAUUACCAGAAAUUUUGAAUUUCUAAAUAAAGGUCUAUUGUUCUGUGUGUGCCUUUAAAGGGGGUAUUACAUAGUGAAAGGAUUGCAUUUCUGAGGUUUAUUUAUUUUAAUUGCUAAAAAUAUUUUAAAUUGUUUUGUUUUAUAGCAUCUGGUAUUGUAUGAUAUUAAUGCUGAAGUCAUGUUUAUUUUAAAUCCAAUGUUUUCAGCAGUCCCUAUUUCAAUAAUUUCACAUGGGGUAUGAAGUGAUGGCUUGUCCCCUUCCCCCCUCCCGCCCCUUUUUUUCAUUAAAUAUAUGAUUGGAAUUUUCAAACUUUUGGAGGUUUUCCACCUUUGGGUGUUCAAAAAAAAAUGCAAAAAAUUGUGGAUUUCACAUGCAAUGAUGAACACAAAAAGUUAUUUUGGUUUUGCCAGUUUGUCCCUCUGUUCCCUAACUCAAAGCACUGUUGCCUUUAUGCGCACAGAGCUGUUCUUAACUGUACAAUACAUUAUUUAAUUUUGUUUAAUGACAACAUUUGCCACAAAAUUUGCUCACACCUAAAUUAAGAUGUAUUAGAUAAUUUUAUAUGUUAGCACACUGCAGCUCUAUAUAUAGAGGUUAAAAUUAAUGAAGCAAACCAGACUCUUUUAUGGGGGGGGGGGGGGUUGAGCCUCUCCAUUGUGAUUCGCUUAAUCAGUAUAAUAAAUCUGUAAAUUUGAAAUAAACCCAGUGAAUAGUCUCCAUUCUAAUUAAGACAAAAAUGACCGUGUUUGUUUCUUUGUGAUCAUUGUUAAAUUAUUUUGCCCCUCACUUCAGGGCGAGGCCAGAUUUUUCCAUUCCUUAAUUGGUUUAUAUUUCAACAAGGAUGACGUAUGGAUCCUAGCUGGAAAAAAAAACGCCAUGAAAUAAACCGAAUAAUUUAUUAUAAUCAGUGAUCUAAAGGAUCAAAACGCUUUGAUUAGAUUUAGGUGAAGAGGCCGUUUUUAAUCGUUGAUAUUUUAUCUUCGCCAUGUCUUUGUACGGUCAUGCAGUUUUAAGCAUUUAUAUAAUUAUCAUUUCUGAGUAUUUUAUUUAUUUAUUUAUUUUUAGUUUUCAUGUUAUUCAUUUAAUUAUUACGCUGUUUUAAGUGGUUCGGCUGAGUUAUGAUGCUCGGCCAAAGAAACAGUUAUUUUGUAAGUGUGAAGACGAGUUUCUCCUGGGAAAUGGUGAAGACAGACUAAAGAUUUCCAUGCCACGUGUUAAGGUGAUUUCGUGUGUACAUUGCGCAGUUCUGUCACCUAUGGCAUUGAGUAUAUAAUGACAUACAUAUAUUUUCCUUGAUUGUUAACAUAUCUGAGUCUUGAAAGAGCAUUGCGAAUUUUCAUCAGCUUACAGAGUUUUAUGAACUUGCUCCAUGAGCUGUCUGGAACAAUCAUUUUGCUUUUAUUUCAUAUAUAUUUUAACUUUUCUGAAAGAAUGUGACGGAGUAUUUGCUAAUGUUUUUGCUUGGACAUAUCCUAUGGUCUUGUAAGUGAAAUAUGUUUAUUAGAAAUUGUACAGAUGAAAUUUCUGGAAAAAUGUAUACAUAGGAUCUUAACUAAUAUAAGAAUAAAGAACAAAACUGU